GAGGCGUCUCGAGGCGGCACAAUCACAACAUGGGUUUACUUUCAAUUUUGCGAAAGCUAAAAAGCACCCCGGACCAGGAGGUCCGCAUUUUACUUCUUGGGUUGGACAAUGGUGGCAAGACGACUCUCCUCAAACAGCUGGCCUCAGAGGACAUCAGCCACAUUACACCAACCCAGGGUUUCAACAUCAAAAGUGUGCAGUCUCAGGGUUUCAAACUAAACGUGUGGGACAUUGGUGGGCAGCGUAAGAUCAGACCCUACUGGAGGAACUACUUUGAAAAUACAGAUCUUCUGAUUUACGUAAUUGACAGCGCAGACCGCAAGCGAUUUGAAGAAACGGGACAGGAGUUGGCUGAGUUACUAGAUGAAGAGAAGCUCAGUGGGGUUCCUGUUCUCAUCUUUGCUAAUAAGCAAGACCUCCUCACUGCAGCGCCUGCAUCUGAAAUCGCAGAGGGACUAAACCUGCACACCAUUCGGGACAGAGUAUGGCAGAUCCAACCCUGUUCGGCCCUCACUGGUGAGGGUGUCCAGGAUGGCAUGAACUGGGUCUGUAAAAGUGUGAAUGCAAAAAGGAAGUAGGCAUGCAUACUCCCUACGCAGUUGCUCCAGGAAAAGCAGUGUGUACCUCUGUAUGUAUAAACAACAUGUCAUGCAUGUAAAGCUUUAAACAAUUGAAGGUUUGGGUUAUUGAGCUAUAUCUCGAAAUAUACAUACUGUACAUACAUACAUACAUACAUAUGUAUGUAAAUAAAUACAUACAUAUAAAGAUAUAUAUAUAUGCUGUGCAAAUGUCUUGAGCCACCUCUCAUGUUUUUCAGAUUUUUAUCAAGAAGCCAACUAGCCUUUCUUACAUUUUAAUAUAGUCUUGAGUUAUAGUUCUCCAGGCUUCCUGAAGGACAUUUUUGUUUCUCAUUUUUGGCAGGUUGUUGGUUCUCAUUUUCAGUCCAGUCCGUGUACCAUCUCAGAGAAGUAUCUUUUGUUUUUUAAGCCAAACACUGACCCAUGAAUCAUUUAAGCAUAAAACCCAUUUAACUUAUUGCAUGAACCAGUGAGACACAGGUGCAGACGAUGACUGAUGAUCAGACCGGUGACUAGUAUACUGGUAAUACUGAAUGUUGAGUGGUUGAAACAGACAAGAGAAGAAGUGAGUUUGCUACUAAGGUUGUUACAUAAACAACCAGUUUUUAAAUUGUAUCUUUAGGCACUUUACAGCCUGUUGCAGUAAAACAUUUGUUCUCAUUUCUUUAAUUUACAUAAUUGAAUUUGAUAUGAUAAAUUAAGGGGGUUUUGAUCAAGACUUUUGCACAGCACUGUAUUUAUAUAUACAAUUUCUGCUGUGGUUAAGAAAAAUGCAUACAAGGACAUCUGGUCCAUUUUUUAAUACUUCAGAUUCUUCUUUCUUAAAAGCUUUUGUGUUAUUAUGGCUCAAGUUAUUAUUUUUUUGUCAGUCAUUCAUUUAUCAGAGUGUUUAUUUUUAAACAAGCCAUGUUUUGGGAGCAUUGUAGUAGCCAGAUCAUUGGUACAGUUUUGAAUACAUCUUUAUAUUUAAUGUCAAACGGGGUCAUCCUUGGACUGGCACAAAAUUUCCAGAACAUUUUGAAUCUAAUAUUAUGUUACCCUUCUACACUGCAUUAAUUCAUACUGUAUACAUUCAAAUGUUUUCCAUCACAGAUUAAAUAAUCUGUGACUGUUUCUGUCUUUCAAGAGAAUUCUUGUCACACCACCUUUUAAUGCAAAAUGUUUGACUACAUAAUUUGACUACAUUAUUAUUUUUCUAAGUAUAUUUUUAUAACAUUUUGAAAUUGCAGAAGGCUUUAAUAUCACUUUUCAUAGAAUGCCCUAAGAAAGGUUGUUGCGCCCAAACCUGAAAUGAUCUUUACAUUUGAUGUACAAUAUAGCAGGAUAUGAAUUAUGCUUAACACGUUGAUAUAUAUAAUUUAAAAUUUAACAAAAUAUUUUUUGCAAACAUAAACCAAUAAGUAACUGAUCUAUUUAUUUUUUAAAAACGUGAGUCUGAGCAUCUUCAUGUGGUACCUCUGAAUCUAUUGCUGUAUUGCUCUUGUAUGUGUAAUAAUUAAAUAUAUAAGUAAAAUAAAG